AAAGAAAGAAAGAAAGAAACCAGAUUUAUAAUGCGCGUGCGCAGAUGCCUUCAAACCAAAUGUCAAGUCUCGCAGGCGCAUAGCAUCACUUCCAACAUGGCGGUCAACGAAGUGUCAUCGUCUGCACAGUUCGAUAAAAUCCUCUCUGAAUCUUCAAGAGCACUGACAGUGGUCUAUUUCUUUGCUCCAUGGUCUCCACAGUAUGGGCAGAUGAGUGAUGUGGUGCAAGUUUUGAGUAAGGACAAUCCACAUGUCACAUUUGUUAAGUUGGAAGCAGAAAAAAUACCAGAGGUUUCGUACAAAUAUGAAAUUAGUGCAGUCCCUACUUUUCUUUUAUUCAAAAAUCAGAAGGUAGUUGACCGGAUUAAUGGUGCUAAUGCUCCUGAGUUAACCAAGAAAGUAGAGCAUCAUUCAAGCAUCAUUACCCCACCACAGGUUAUUGAUGAACCACCAAAGGAGGAUAUCAAUACUCGUCUCAAAAACAUCAUCAACAGUUCUCCUUGCAUGUUGUUCAUGAAAGGAACACCAGAAGAACCUAGAUGCGGUUUUAGCAGACAGGUGGUUGAGGUCUUAAAAAAUGUGGGUGCUGAUUAUGGUUCCUUUGACAUUCUGAAAGACGAUGAAGUUCGACAAGGUUUGAAAAACUAUUCCAACUGGCCAACAUAUCCUCAGUUUUACGUCAAUGGUGAAUUAAUUGGUGGACUAGACAUCAUUAAGGAAAUGGCAGAAAGUGGUGAUCUUCAAUCAAUGAUACCAAAGAAGCAGGAUCUGAAAUCAAGACUUGAGUCCCUCAUCAACUCCUCUCCUGUGAUGCUGUUCAUGAAGGGCAAUCAAGAUGCCCCAAAAUGUGGUUUCAGUAGGCAAAUGGUUGGAAUACUUGCAAAGUAUAAUCCAAGAAUUCCUCUUAAGACAUUUGACAUCCUUCAAGAUAAUGAGGUUCGUGAAGGUCUAAAGAAGCACUCUAACUGGCCCACUUAUCCACAACUAUAUGCAAAUGGUGAACUAAUAGGGGGUCUGGAUAUUGUUAGGGAACUAGAUGAAAAUGGCGAACUUGAGGAAGCCCUUGGUAUCAAAGAGUAAAGCCAGUCAAUGGAAAGGAAGAAAUAACAUACUAAAUGGCCAACGAACAUAGCUUAUUAUUCUCAAGUAUUUUGGACAGUAGGAGAGAAUGUAUAGCCACCAGUCAUUCGAAUGCUUGUUUUAUCAAAUAGAAUCAGGUUUUAUGUUGCAUUGAUAAAUUAAGUGUGACGUAAUUUAAGCAGUGAUUUUUGAUUAAAGUUUUAAGAAUGAA